AAAGUCGACCACUCGAGCUGAACGCAACCGUGAACGCCGCUUUGGGAAGCGUGGCCGGCUUGUUUCCUUCAUCUGGAAUAUAGCUUUUGAACGCAUCUCUGUCGUAAAGGAUGGCACCGAAAUAUGAACUGGCUGUUGGACUCAACAAGGGUCACAAAACGACGAAGAUCCGAGUGGCCAAAACCAAGUCCGAGAAAGAGAAGACCGUCUGUCAUCGACCGUCCAGAUUAAAAGGGAGACAAACCAAACAUGGCAAGUUUGUGAGGGAUUUGAUUCGAGAAGUCACAGGACAUGCUCCAUAUGAGAAGCGUGCUAUGGAAUUACUGAAGGUCUCCAAAGACAAGCGUGCUCUGAAGUUUUUGAAGAGAAGGCUGGGCACACAUAUUCGUGCUAAGAGGAAGCGAGAAGAGCUUGGAAACAUCCUGGUACAAAUGAGGAAGGCUGCACAUCAUUAACUGAUCAGUCCUCCGACCUUCGAAUGCUAUACAUUACUUAAAUAGAUCGACACUUCAAUUUCAAAGUACAUUAACUUAGGAACUUGAAGCUGAGUACUGCUUUUUGUUGAUUGUUUUCACUUGAAAUAAAUAGCUUUAUUUGAGUAUUA